AGCUUUUGGGCACAAACCGCUCCGUCCUCUUCUUUGGUCACCGAGGCUUCCUGGGCUUCCACUCCCUCUACCUGGAUGAGUACCGUGACCGGCUCUUCAUCGGGGGGAAGGAUGUGCUCUACUCCCUGCUCCUGGACAGGGCCAGCAUGGAUACCAAGGAGAUCUACUGGCCGCCCCUCCCCGGGCAGACAGAGGAGUGUGUUCAGAAGGGGAAGGACCCAGGGACUGACUGUGCCAACUAUGUCCGUGUGCUGCACCCCUACAACCGGACACACUUGCUGGCCUGUGGGACAGGUGCCUUCCAUCCUGUCUGCACCUAAAAAAAAAUUGUCUACGUGGGGCACCGUGGUGAGCACACCUUCAGCCUGGACCCCACGAGCGUGGACACCGGCCGGGGCAGGUGCCCGCAUGAGCCCAGCCGCGCUUUCGCCAGCGCCAUCAUUGGUGGGGAGCUGUACACUGGCCUCACUGCAGAUUUCUUGGGACGUGAUCCUGGCAUCUUCCGCAGCAUGGGGACCCGCUCCGCUCUGCGCACUGAGGUGGACCAGCGCUUACUCAACGACCCCAAAUUUGUGGCAGCCCACUUGAUCCCAGACAAUGAUGACCGGGACAAUGACAAAGCCUACUUCUUCUUCACGGAGAAGGUGGUGGAGACAGACAACAAGGAGCACGCGAUUGUCAGCCGUGUGGGGCGUGUCUGUGUGAAUGAUGCUGGUGGCCAGAGGGUGCUGGUCAACAAGUGGAGUACCUUCAACAAAGCCCAUCUGGUGUGCUCUGUCCCUGGACCUGGUGGCAUUGACACUUACUUUGAUGAGCUGGAGGAUGUCUUCUUGCUGAGGACGAAGGAUGGGAAGAGUCCAGAGAUAUAUGCCCUCUUCAGCACUGUCAGCCAUGUUUUCCAGGGCUCUGCUGUCUGUGUGUACCGCAUGGCUGACAUCCGGGAGGUGUUCAACGGGCCGUUCGCCCACCGGGAGAGCCCCCAUCACCAGUGGGGUGCCUACGAGGGCAGGGUGCCCUACCCACGGCCAGGUGUGUGUCCCAGCAAGACCACCAACCAACCCCGGCGGCAGUACAGCACCACCAAGGACUUCCCCGACGAGGUGCUGCACUUUGCCCGUGCUCACCCCCUCAUGUACAAGCCUGUGUACCCCCGGCACCGCCGGCCCCUCCUGGUGAAGACCAACCUGCCCCACCGGCUGCGCCAGCUCGUGGUGGACCGUGUGGAGGCUGAGGACGGGCAGCAUGACAUCCUCUUCCUCGGGACAGAUGCUGGCUCGGUGCUGAAGGUGGUGGUUCUGCAGAAGACAAGCUCAGCCACAGCUGAGGAAGUCCUCUUGGAGGAGCUGCAGGUUUUUAAGAUGCCUGUGCCCAUCACGCAGAUGGAGAUCUCUGUCAAGCGCCAAACACUCUACGUGGGCUCCAGCCUGGGGGUGGCCCAGGUACGGCUGCACCAGUGCGAGUCCUAUGGCACAGCAUGUGCCGAAUGCUGCCUGGCCAGGGAUCCCUACUGCACCUGGGAUGGCACUGCCUGCACCUACUCCCAGCCCUCUGGCAAGCACCGCUAUCGCCGGCAGGACGCCCGGCACAGUAACCCUGUGCACCAGUGUCUGGACCAGAACCUGACCGUGGAUGACUUCGAGAGCGUUGAGAAGAAGGUGCUUUAUGGGGCAGAGGACAACAGCACCUUCCUGGAGUGUGUGCCCCGGUCCCCGCAGGCCAGUGUGCAGUGGUUUGUCCAGAGACCCCCUGACGAGCAGCGGGACGAGGUGAAGACAGACGAGCGGAUCCUGCAGACAGAGCAAGGGCUACUCUUCCGCAAGCUACACCGCAAUGAUGCUGGCAUCUACUACUGCAAAACGCUGGAGCACGGCUUCACCCAGACCGUGGCCAAGACAGUCCUGGAGGUGAUCCCCAGCGAGCAGCUGGCAUACACCUUCCCCCGGGAGCGGGGGGAUGAGUCCCCACGCCUGCUCUGCCCUGAGCCCCGGCUGGCGCCACAGGCUUCCAAAUCCUGGUUCAAGGACAUCAUGCACCUCAUCAGCUCCCAAAACCUGCGGCGGGUGGAGGAGUACUGUGCCCGGCUCUGGUGUGGCAGUCGCCCACACCACCGCAAGAGCAAGCUGGCCCAGGCCAAGCUGGCCCUGGCUGGGGUGGACGUGGGCAAGAAGGGACGGAUGGCCAAGCCCCACGGUGAGAGGAACCGUGUGCCCCGGCAAGCGGUGGCCACUUAG